GAAGAAGAAAAGCUGGCAAAUCCUGUUUGGGAUCGUCUGCCGAAUGUCGAUCCCGUUCCCUUCGCCCAACCGAGUCAACAGCGCUGACAGUUAAGUAGGGCUCAUUAACAGUGAUAAUAGAAUUCCUGGACGGGCGGGCGCGAUCAUUUAGUCGCCUCGUGGCGUGGCGUGGCGUGGAAUUUGAGGCCAAAUGGACGACGUGGAGAUUGCGGACGUGGACGAGAACGGCCAGGUCCUACCGGAAGAGGGCGAGAAAGUGCUGAAGCGGCAGCAGCACGACCACCUGUCGUCUGUUGGCUUCAUGGUCGGCGAGCCGCUGUGGGCGUACGGCUGCUGCCUGCUGCUGACGCUGGCUGCCCUCUGCACGCUGCUGGUCUACCUGGCCAAGAAGAGGAGGAGCAGGUCCCUCCCUGCCCCCACCCUGCAAGACGCCGAGGAGGUGGUGAGGAGGCAGGAGGCCAUGGAGGCGUCUCGGAGGAAGAUGCAGCAGGAGCAAGACGCCAAGGCGGCCAUUUUCAGGGAGAAGCGCAAGCAGCAAGAGGAGGAGAAGAGGAGGCAGAAGAUUGAGGAGUGGGACAGCCUGCAACUGGGCAAAAGUUUCAAAGGGGCUUCCAGACGAUUGCAAGAGAGCAGCGACGAGGGUGCCUCAUCCAGCACCGCGCUCAAACCCAAGAGCCAUAAGAAGCCGCUUCGCAGCUCAGAGUACAGUCCUCUGAGCGGCGAGGGCGGCGGCUCGUGCUUGUGGCGCCCCGGCAGGCGGGGCCCGUCGCCUUCGGGCGAAUGAGGUUAGAGGAGGUCGCGCAAGACGACCUCCAUGUAUGUGCCCCCGCCGCACGCAGGCACCGACCGGCUGACAUCGGCUCGCGGCUCCUCGGAAGGAACGUGCAUUACGCUCCGGCGAACCCCCCCGCUCAUCUACGUAAGAUGAAUGGCAGCAUAAGAAUCUAAGAAUUCCUACAAUGGCCCGCAGGGUUCGCUGCAGUGUGCGUUAGCGUUCCGGUUCUCGCCGCGAGCUCAGGAUGACGUCGCGCUCGGAAAUGGUCGCUGACCAGCGAGCGAGGCUGAUGAACGUCGGCGUCGGUGUCUCCUCUCGGGGUUUAAAUUCUUGUACAUUCUCAAGAUUGGCAUUGUGACAGCUCACACCGGAAAGGCUUCGCCCCUGCUUUUUCUUUUUCCGGAUGUCUCAGAUGUUUGAGGGGCGGCAAUUCUCAAUGUACGCUGAAGAUUUUCCUCUCGCGGGCUGCUGACGUUACUCGGCGCUGACGCCGCAGCUCUGCUUACCGUUCAACCUGGACGUGAUUCUCCUCGAUCCGAUUGGCUCGUUUGCUCCGGAACUUCUGGAGAUGGGCGAGCUUAUGUCAACGGGCCGGUGGGGUGGAGAUUGACAAAGGCGCAUUUAAAGGAAUGCCGUCGGAUUGACUUGCGUGUUUGAGUUCAUGCUCGCCACAAACGCGACAUGUAUAAGAGAGUCCCCUUUUCACAUUCUGGCCGCUUGACUCAAAACAAAACUUUCCUCUUCUGCUGCCCCCAUUUUGAAGCAAUAAAUCAAACCAUGUCAACUUCA